UCACCACACGCUCGGCUUAAACCUGUUCUCCGCUUUUCGUUUUAAUUCGAAAAAAACGUUCGAGCGUGGCGCACGUUGCGAUUCCUCCGACUGAUCUUAAUCGUAGAGCAGCACUCACACCAGCACACGCCCCCCGCUAAACAGCACACACAGCCACACUCACAAACGACGUACACUGCCAGCGCAUAAACAAGUGCUGUUGUGGUUGUUGUUGCUGCUGCUGCUGCUCGUCCGCUAAAAUGCUGAACGCUGCAGCGCUGCUUUUGGCGCUGCUCUGCGCCGCGAACGCAGCCGCCGCCGCCGAUUUGGCGGACAAAUUGCGCGAUGAUUCGGAACUCUCUCAGAGCACUGCCAAAUCCUUGAGGCGCCUUAUGCCAGUUAGGUUCUACAGCCUGCUGGAGAGCAAUCAAAUUGCCAACUCAACGCUUUCGCUGCGCAGCUGCACGAUCUUUGUGCCCACCAAUGAAGCCUUCCAGCGCUACAAGAGCAAAACCACCCAUGUGCUCUAUCACAUUACCACUGAGGCGUACACCCAGAAACGACUGCCGAAUACCGUGUCAUCGGACAUGGCCGGCAAUCCACCGCUAUACAUCACAAAGAACUCGAAUGGCGAUAUCUUUGUGAACAAUGCCCGGAUCAUACCCUCGCUCAGUGUGGAGACAAACAGCGAUGGCAAGCGGCAGAUCAUGCACAUCAUCGACGAGGUACUGGAACCGCUCACCGUCAAGGCUGGCCACUCGGAUACCCCCAACAAUCCGAAUGCUCUCAAGUUCCUGAAGAACGCCGAGGAGUUCAACGUGGACAACAUCGGCGUGCGCACGUACCGCAGCCAGGUGACGAUGGCCAAGAAAGAGUCGGUCUAUGAUGCCGCCGGACAGCACACCUUCCUGGUUCCCGUCGAUGAAGGCUUCAAGCUAUCUGCUCGCAGCAGCCUCGUGGACGGAAAGGUCAUUGAUGGCCAUGUGAUACCAAACACUGUAAUCUUCACUGCCGCUGCCCAGCAUGACGAUCCCAAGGCUUCCGCCGCUUUUGAGGACCUACUUAAGGUCACCGUCAGUUUCUUCAAGCAGAAGAACGGCAAAAUGUACGUCAAGUCAAACACCAUUGUGGGUGAUGCCAAGCACCGCGUGGGCGUGGUUCUGGCCGAGAUCGUGAAGGCGAACAUCCCAGUGAGCAACGGAGUAGUCCAUCUGAUCCAUCGCCCGCUGAUGAUCAUCGAUACGACGGUCACCCAAUUCCUGCAGUCGUUCAAGUUUAUGAACGAGAAUGCUGAGAACGGAGCUCUGCGCAAAUUCUACGAAGUUAUAAUGGACAAUGGUGGAGCAGUUCUGGACGACAUCAAUAGCCUGACGGAAGUUACCAUUUUGGCUCCCAGCAAUGAGGCUUGGAACUCCUCGAACAUCAACAAUGUUUUGCGAGACCGGAACAAGAUAAGGCAGAUCCUGAACAUGCAUAUCAUCAAGGACCGCUUAAAUGUGGACAAGAUCAGGCAGAAAAAUGCUAAUUUGAUUGCCCAGGUGCCCACUGUUAACAACAACACUUUCCUGUACUUCAACGUUCGUGGUGAGGGAGCGGAUACCGUGAUAACAGUUGAGGGAGGCGGCGUGAAUGCCACCGUUAUCCAGGCUGAUGUGGCCCAGACUAAUGGUUAUGUACACAUCAUCGACCACGUGCUGGGCGUGCCUUACACUACAGUUCUUGGCAAACUUGAAUCCGAUCCCAUGAUGAGUGACACCUAUAAGAUGGGAAAAUUCUCGCACUUUAAUGACCAGCUGAACAACACACAACGCCGCUUCACAUACUUUGUGCCCAGGGACAAGGGCUGGCAGAAGACCGAGCUGGAUUACCCAUCAGCUCACAAGAAGCUUUUUAUGGCCGACUUUUCCUAUCAUUCCAAGUCCAUUCUGGAGCGUCAUUUGGCUAUUUCGGAUAAGGAGUACACCAUGAAGGAUCUGGUUAAGUUUUCGCAAGAAUCGGGCAGCGUUAUCCUACCCACGUUCCGCGACUCUUUGAGUAUCCGCGUGGAGGAGGAAGCUGGACAUCUCCAUGAUGAGUAUGCUAGUCACGAAUGGACUGGCUAUGUGAUCAUCUGGAACUACAAGAAGAUCAACGUAUACCGGCCCGAUGUGGAGUGCACCAACGGAAUCAUCCACGUCAUCGACUACCCACUCCUGGAGGAAAAGGAUGUGGUCGUGGCCGGAGGUAGCUAUUUGCCAGAAUCAAGCAUUUGCAUCAUCUUGGCCAACCUCAUAAUGAUAACAGUAGCAAAGUUCUUGAACUAAAUGCAUCCGAUAUGUAAAAACCAAUCCAAUCCAAAGCAAAUGCAAAUCAAACACAACAACAACAACAGUCGUCUACAGAACAAGAACCAACAACACUCAGUAUCAGACUAACUUGACAUCCACAUGGAUGAAAAUAAUCAGCACCAGUUUGUUGAUACCGAUCGAAAACCACAAGCAACCCAAACAGUAUCUGUAAUAUAUGCGUCACAAGGAACGAUCAUCAUUCCAACCCAACAUGCCCACGUCCACGCCAUCUACAUACCCACACACACACAGACUCAGAAAAAAAACGCAUGCAGAAAACUGCCUGCUGAAUUUGCUUUUGCAUCGACAGCUUCUCCCAAAAUAGCUGGCAAGAAAGACUAGGUUAAAGUCGAAGAACCCCCUAUGUUUAAGUAUUAAACUCGAUUUUCCCUCAAACGGCCUUAUGUAUAAUAUUGAAUAUGAAACUUUCUGUAAAACAUUUUAAUUUUAUGUUCGACCUAUACUGGUAGCUUACGUUCAUCAGCUCGCUAUGUUUUAAGUUUAGACCCACACUGACAUUGGUAUCGUACCAUGGAACAACUGAUUGUGUUUAUGAUUUUAAGUGUACAUUUUUUGUGAAUUGCUUGUUUUAGUUAAUGGUCUAAUUUAUGAUUUAUGAAAUGAGUUAUCUUAAGUAGAAUGCGAAUCUCAUUGUACAUCUCGAAAACGAAGAAGCGAAGCAUAAGCAAUACGCGCAUCACACACUCUCAUACUCGAGCGCCCACACAUUCCCCCUAUUCCUAUCCAUAAAUACAUACAACAUGUAACGAAACAAAGUCAUUGUAAGAUUUGAAAGUGUGAAAUUUUAUAAUAAACUGAAAGUUUUUCAUUUGAACCUUA